AUUUAGCGAAUAUUUUUUCCAGAUAAAAAAGACAGGUGGUUUCCUCUGGCCAGGUUGCCUAGCAACAAGCGAAAGUAAACAUUUUAAAAUAAUUUUGUUGUACGAGGAAGGAAAUUCAAGCAUAGAAAUACCUUCUUUUUGUGCGGAAAAUCUAAAAUAGAAGUGCUUUUUCUUUUUCAAUGGAUUCUUCUGGUUCAAGGGUAGGUUUAACCUGCAACAUUUUGUUUAAAAUGACGGCCGAUUUUAGUGUGUGCCGUGAAUUAUUUUGCCAUGAUAAUAUUUUAAUAGUGACUGAUUUUGAAUCAUUUACUUUAAGAUAUUACUUACUGUAAAGAUUUAAAUCAUGAUAUUAAAAAAGAAGAGUGCCAAUCUGUCUAUCAUUUUGGAACUUAACUUGUGGAGUGUUCAAAUAAUGUCAAAUCGCUUGCUAAAAAUAAAAUCUAAAUGACCCAGCUGGCUUAAAUAAUGUCAUAGCUCUGCGGUGAGGGGUCAGCCCGUUCAGGGACCCUAGUUUGUUGUAUAAAGGGUAGUAGAAUGUCGCUUUUCCAAAUAAAAAAUGGAUAUGAUAAGGAACCCCCCCCCCCUCAAAUUGCACACACUACCCCCUUAAUAGCCAAGGCUAGGGAGGGUAUGUGUGAACCCCCACAAUGCAACAUAAUGGGUUAAGUGGCUAGGCACAUUGGGAAGAUGCUCUCCCCUUGAUGGGUAACAUUGUCUGGUGUUAAACAGAGUAAAAUAAUAAAGUAGGGUGCAUUAGGACACAAUGCAACUUAACGAGUUAAAAAUAAAUAAGCAACCAAUCAUGGUUAAGUAACAUGACUAUAUAUUUCUUUUUCUAGUCUGCUGAACUCCAAGCAACAAAACCUGGUAAUGGAGCAAGAACUUCCAAUUACUACAGCACUCAAAAUAUUCCUCAACGUUUUGACAAUCCUGGUAUGUAAAAUUGAUUCUUUCCUUUUUUUCAGUAUCCUUCUGCAAUGUUCAAAGCUCGGCUGGUGAGAAUGCACAAGCAGUGAAUAAUUUGGGCAAUCCUGUGUUUUCUUGCCUGAGAAACAUAAAUAGUGUAGGCACGGCUCAGACUUCCACAUUAACAGCAAGCGAAGGUGUGUUGGUUUUUGAUAUUUUGUAGAAUUGGAACAGUGGAAACAUUAGGACAGUCAUAUAAAUUUUGAUUUUCAUUCAUUUUUCAUUGAUUUUUUUAGAUGUAUUCCAAGGUUAUAAUGCGAAGACACAACAUCCAAUGUACAUGACGAGUGCCAUGGAGUAUGGGUAGGUAAACAGCCUGACUGGCUACAUGACCGACUGGCAGCCUGCCGCACACAAGAGAAACUUGCUGGGAUAGCCACCUAGCCAACAGGCAAACAUGGAAACAAGGCCCAGGGACGCCAGAACUGGGGGGCAGGAGGGGCAGCCGCCCCCACUGCCCUUUACCGGGAGGGGCAAAGGUGCCCUUUCAAUUUAAAGGAAUGCCUUGGCGAAAUAGCGAAUUGUCAGAAAUGUUAGUGCAGUUCUUUUACGAAUUUGCUUCAGAAAACGCAAGAAAUGCAGUCAUCGAGCUUCAAGAAUAGCACAAUUGCCUGGCGGAGAACCCCUUCACACCCCUAUCAUCCAAUCAAUAGAAAACAUGAUUAGGCAAAGAACUCAACACCCGAUGUUUUGCAAACAUCUCUUAGUAUAUAUCAAUUUAAAAGUGCCCUUUCACGAAAAUCUGCCCCGCUUGCCUUCAUAUUGUUCCAGCGUCCCUGACAAGGCCAUUGGGGCAAAAAUACAAUAAACAAUAAAGUCCAUCUUCUAUAAACUGACAAAUUGACGGCUGAGUGACUGUCUGCCCAAGAAAGUAGAUUUUGAAAUUUUAUCAUUAUUUAAUUGUUUCAUAUUUCUAGCUCGAGACAACCUACGGUUCACACAAUGCCAACGAUGUUUCAUGCAAAGAAUCAGAAAUUCUCCGAACACCUCGGCACGUGUGGGAUGUAUAGAGAUCAUUCCCUCAAUACCGCCACGGACAAGAGUGUUGUUUAAUUCUUGUAAAAAUAAUAACAGAUAGUGUACAUAAUGAAAAUGCGAAAUAAAAUCAGGAA